AUGGAGGCACCGAGCUGCCCGGCCUUUCGCCGGGCUGGCCCCCCCCCGGGGCUUCCCCGGGCUCCCACCACCUUCGUUUUCGGUCCACCGGGACCCCCCCGGCAACAACCGCCGCCGCUCAGCCCCCGCCCGGCCCGCUGUCCGCCGGACAAGGCGGACCCCCGGUACCUGGGGGUCUCCGGCCCGGGCCCCCUCGCCGUGGCCGUCAAUGGGAAGCCCUUCUACCCGGCCGGGGCUGCAGGAGGCUGGAAAGGCGCGGCCGGUCGCCGCCUCCCGUCCCCGGGCCUCACCGGCGGCAACAACCGGCGCUCCCGCCGCACGGACGGGUCCGGGCCCGUGCCGGGACCGGGCCGCGGGGAUUGCGGAGCACGGCGCUCCCCGGUGCACGGCCCCGGGGCUCCAGCUCUCCCGCCUCCCCGGUGCUACCGGGGGCACGGCUCCGGGCCUCCCGGGACACGCCGCUCCCCCGGCUGCCGGGGCUCCGCACCCCUCUCCGGGCCCGGGCAGGACGAGACCCUUCCCCGGGAGCUCUCCCCGUCGCUCCCACCGGCCGAGCAGCCCCCGCCGCCGCCGCUCCCUCGCACUUUCCCUCCCGGCCGGGACCGCAGCGAGAAGGGAUGCAAAGGCGGGUACCAGGCGAUGCCCGCAGCCUGCCGGGCCCCCGUGAAAGCCCCAGGGGAGCUGGGGUGCCCGCUGGCAGCACCCCUGGGCAGCCUACGGGAACACGGGGUCCCCGAGCUCCCCGAGCCCCUCGGCAAGAGCAAGAGCAAGAAGCGGAGGAACAGGACGACCUUCAGCACAUUCCAGCUGGAGGAGUUGGAGAAGGUUUUCCAGAAAACGCAUUACCCUGAUGUCUAUGCCCGUGAGCAGCUGGCACUACGGACGGACCUGACUGAAGCCAGGGUGCAGGUCUGGUUCCAGAACCGACGGGCCAAGUGGCGGAAACGGGAACGUUAUGGGAAAAUCCAGGAGGUGAGAGAUGUUGCGCUGCAGAACAACCUGUGGCCAAGCUCCGGCCCUGGGAGCCCCGCAGGGCUCCUGCCCCCCGAGAGCAUCCCAUCCCCCUGCAUGUCUCCGUACCCCCACACUCACAGCAACAUCGCCGGCUUCAUGGGCAUCCCCGCUUCUCCCGGCCCCCACCCCGGCAUCAACAGCCUCUACUCCCUGCACAGCCUACCCCCCCCGGCCCUGGGCACCCACCCCUUCGAGCCAGCACCCGAACAUGACUACAAGUCGCCCGCUCUGGUGCCGCUGAGGAUGAAGAGCAAAGAGGCAACCAGCAGCCUGCUGAACUGGGCUACGUGA